UUAUGCAUUCGCGUGUUCGAUGAAACGGCUGGUCUUUUUUAUUUAUACCUGUGUGCAAUAUGCGCUAGAAUGGUUGGUUUUGGUAAGAGACUCGGAUGUGUUUUAAUUUAACACGAGCGUGUGUAGUGAUAGUGGUUGACGCUGAUAAAUUAAUUUAAUUUUAAACGAAUUAUAAUCGGUUAUGGUAUAGAAUCGAAAACCAAUCGGAGAGAAAAAAAAACCUGCACGUUAGUAGUGACUUGUGCAACAGUUGGUUCAUCGACAAAAAAAAACGUAAUGGAACAGUCAAAAAGUCAAAACCAUAAGAAUCCAAUUGUUCGCGCAUUUUUAUGGCAUUUCGGUAAUACAAAGUACACGGGACACAUACAACCGUUCGACAAAAAUUCGAAAUUCAAUCCAUGGAUCUUAAUGCCAGCAGCGGUGAUUGUGCAGUUUUGUUGCGGUUCACUGUAUGCAUGGUCGGUAUUUAACGCACCGAUAGAUGAAGCAAUCACCGGAAGUGCUAAGUCAUCUCAGGCGCCUAUAACCUUUUACAUUGCAGUUGGAAUACUCGGCUUUUCGGCUGCAUCCAUGGGACCGUGGAUUGAAAGAAAUGGUCCCAGGAAAGCACUGAUUGUAUCGUCGACGUUAUUCUUCUUUGGUAAUUUACUGUCCGCCCUGGCAAUUCAUUUGAAAUUUAUGUGGCUGUUAUACCUCGGCUACGGUAUUAUUGGCGGAUUUGCUAUCGGAAUCAGUUACGUAACUCCGGUGUCGGCUCUACAAAAAUGGUUUCCUCACAAACGUGGAUUAGCUGCGGGUUUCGGGGUGUGUGGAUUCGGUGGAGGGUCAAUAGUAAUCGGGAAAGUUAUAUUGCCACUCAUUCAAUCCGUCGGACUGUCAAUGACUUUCGUUGUAUUGGGUUCUUGUUAUUUCAUUGCAAUGAUAUCGACGGCAUUCAUAUUCCGACUUCCACCUCCCGAUUAUUCGCCGUUCCCUCGUGAAGAAGUGGAAAAAAUGGAGACUUUGACGAAUCAACCCGAAAUCAAAUUGUCUGCCAUGGAAUCAAUUACAUCGCUGGACUAUUGUCUCAUCUAUUUGAUGCUUUUGUCGAACAUACUGUUCGGACUGGUGGUAAUUUCCCGUUUGUCGAAUAUGAUAACGCAACUCUUUUCCAAAGAUCCCAAUGAAGCCGCAACGAUGGUUUCCAUCAAUGGCGCACUGAAUCUCUUCGGGAGACUGUUCUUUUCAACCAUUUCGGAUAAAAUUGGAAGGAAAACAUGUUUUCUCAUAAUGCUGACGACACAGACCAUCGUUGUCGUUACGUUUCCCAUUUACACGGAACACAAAAUGUACGGAACGUUCCUGCUGUGUAUGUUCUUGCUCACGAUGUGCUACGGUGGCGGUUUCGGUGUUAUACCCGCAUUUUUAGCGGAUAUGUUCGGAUCCAGCAAUGUUGGCGUCUGUUUCGGAUUGAUUUUAACCGCAUGGUCGAUUGGCGGUGUCGUUGGCGGUCUAACAUUCACCGCAAUUUAUAAUCAUCUGAUACAGUCGCAUGGCUGGAGCACAGAAGACGCAUAUCCGUACAUCAUCAAUUCGUAUUGGAUAUUAGCGUUCAUCAUUGCGGGUCUCCUGUCAACGGUGCUUGUUCGAACGACAAUAAAAGAUAGAAAAUUGCCGCCGGUGGACGGAGAAUGUUUUAAAUUCAGAAUCUUUGGCAAAGUGAUCCGGAUCAAAAGAGUGGCCAUUUUGCCAGAAGUGGAAGUGGUAAGUUCAGACAAGUAUGACGAAGAGUGGGAAAGAUAUCUGCAGUCCUUAACACCACCUGAUGAUGAAAUUGAUGGUAAAAGUGAACACAAAAUGUUGAAUGUGGAAACAGAGUGAUUUCAAUCGCAAUUAAACUGUGUGUAUGACUGCGUGUUUGUUCUGUCGUUUGACUUUCAUUGCAGCAAUAAGAAAUGCCAAUUAAACUCU